AAAAUGUUCAAGGGUUUAUGGAGAUUCUGACACAGUAACCAAGUUCAUGAUCUCGAAGACCGUCGGCAGGGUGAUUGUGUUAAAGGAAAGAGUAACGGCUUCAGUUCCACUGAGUCUCCAAUUGAUCAUCAUACUCUCACAGGAAUUUUGAAACCUUAGGCAUUUGCAUUCAUGGAUGACUGAACCAUCGAGUUUGGCUCCGAAGUCUCGUGGCUUGUUUAGUGAUGGUUAUGAACGAGGCACUUGCUAGUGUAUAUGUUAUCUGAAUGAGAAGCAUCCCUUCUGUUCAAACUUGGAUAUGCUCUCUUCCCUGUUGGUUGGCCUCAUGGAACUCAUGGAAGCAAGGGAUACCCUCAGUUUCUGGUUCGACACAAAGAGUCACAUGAACAUCUCUGCGAACAGGGUUGAAUGUGAAGAUAUUUCUUGAGAUAGGCUUUGACCAGUAGAUGAGAUGUGGCCCGUGAAGAAGAAAGCUGCAGCACGUCAUCUUCUAUGGUUUCCUUGUAAAUGGGUAUGCAGAUUGUCCCAGGUGGUAGCUAUCAAGGGCCAACAGAUGGUUCCUGAAACAUCUUCUCUCGAAUUUGUGGUCAACCAUUGGUUGGCAAUUUGAUACUCAUUAUAAACCUGUUGACGAUCUUGCUUUUCUCAUCCUUCAGAGGGAAAAAGGCUUUCUCUUGCUACAAUUUGAGUUUGUGAGCAUCCCCAAUUCCAUAUCCCCAAUCACUGCCAAAUCUUCUUGAAGAUUCACGAGAUCUAGGGGGAUGGAGGUGAAGGCCAUUGAGUUAACAGUUCUUUCCUGUAAGGAUCUCAAGGGCUUCAAUUUCUUCCAGAAGAUGUCAGUCUACGCCAAAGUCUGGGUCGGCAAUCCCAAGCAAGCGCAGAAGACAUCGCCGGACCGGGAGAAUGACCGGAAUCCUGAAUGGAAACAUCGGAUGCGGUUUGAGUUGAAUGAAUCAGCGGACAAGUUCACGGUGGAUUUUGAGAUCCGAAAGGAGGGUGGGCUCGGAGACAAGUCCAUUGGCAGGGUCCAUGUUCCUGUCAUGGACCUGCUGGAAGAUUAUGCAGGAGGUGUUAGAUAUGUUUGUUAUCAGUUGAAAGGAUCGAACGAUGAAGCCACCGGAUUGCUGAAUUUCUCUUAUAGCAUUGAACCUAAGAAUUGCAGCAGCUUCAAUCCAACAGAUUCUCAACAGGAUGCUGGCAAGCCUAACUCAAUUGGAUCGGCUUGUUCAGAAUGGUACCAAGCACCAUCAUCACUUACUGUUGUACCAGAAUCACUCUCUGCAGCACCGCCUUCCAUUAUAUACCCCCUGUAGGAAGCUACUAUCCAUCACAAGCACCUCAUUCGGCUCCUUAUCCAUCCGACCAGACACCACCAACAUCCUCUUUUGGAUCAUAUCAAACUGAAACCUGUUGUACGGAAGCCCAUCAGGCACCGAUGAUACACCCUUCUGCUCCUUAUCUGCCUAUGCCUGCUCCGGCUGAAAGCCAUCACGCUCCACCAUCGCUGCAAGUGUGGCCGCCUCAUCCAUCCGAAGUAACGGCCCCCGUCAAUCCGGAAUUGUCAGCACCAUUUGUUUUACCUCAUUUUCCGCCACCAUUUCCACCACCUCCUCCAACACUACCCUUUCCACCACCACCACCUCCUCCAGCAUUUCCCUUUGCACCACCACCACAGCCGCACCUUUGUUGUCAUCGUCCACCACCACCAGAUCAUCCAUUCAUGCCAGGAUCUUUUGGUUUCAGGCCACAUGAUCCUGCCUAUUGGCGUUGAAGCUUAGUUCAAGGGGCACGGCAAAUUGGGUUGAGUCAACAGACAAACAUCCCUACUCCUGUAGGCUGUAACUGUGGAUAGGUUAUGUUCAAUGUCAGGCUCUUCACUUAAUCUGCCAAUUAGUUCCCAACUUUGUUAAUUUGUCCUCUGCCAAUCCUCUGAUUCUUGAUGGUUGAGUUUUAUUCUCAUUCAUAUACGGUACAAAAUGUAAUGAUGCCUGAUGCAUGCUCAACUGUGAUAAGAAUGGAUUACUGCAUGGAUGGAUAGAUAGAUGGCAAAACAACCUCUAAAUUCCGCUGCAAUUGGUUCUUGCAAUGUGCUAAUUGCUAAACUUUCGGAAUUUAUUUGUUUACUUGUCGAUCUGUCUUUCCUGUAUGUGGAAUGUUAAGUGCCUUCGUCUGUGCAAGCGUACUGUCCAUCUCUAAUGGAGUAUUGAGAAUUUGGGUCCCCUGUUAAAAGGUCUUGCUUGUUGACUUCUUAGAAAAUAAAUUACUGUCAUUCAAGUUGCUGUGUUUUACAUUGGAAAUAAAAAAGU